CCAGGCCCUUUUUGGAGUGAUGGGGGGAUUCGCAAUGGAAACAAGAUACCAAACACGCGGCGGUGAGGAACACACCCUCCGUCGCCUUGUUACUGCGGACGGAAUCUCUAUUCUUGCUAGAAUCGGUCAACUACCUACUAUCACGCUAAGCGAUAUCGAGGAAAGAAGUAAAGCGGAUAUCUUUGCGAAAUCGAUUGUUGUGGGUCAGAUUAUAUGGUUUGCGCUGCAGGUCUUUGGUAGAUUGGGCCAGAAUCUACCUGUCACGCCCCUCGAGACUCAUACAGCUAUCCAUGUGGGCUGUACAAUUCUGGUCUAUAUCAUUUGGUUCCAUAAGCCGUACAAUCUGACGCAAUCGGUCGUUGUCAAAGGACCGCAGGCGCAGAAUAUCGGGGCUCUUUUCAGUUUUCACGAUAUAUCGCGUGACGUUUAUCGUCAGCAGUGGUCUCGUUACGAAGAGGAAAGAAUUCAGUAUUGGAAGACCCGCGUCAUACAGGCAUCUCGGGGAGAAUCUACCUUCUCUUCUCCCCCACAAGCCCCUAUCUCUAGAGGUCUUCGUCAAACACUUCAGCACUAUCAGCUUGAACCAGCACCUGACAAGCUAAGUCAGGAUAUUGAAAUCUUACAUGCCCUCGCAGAAAGCGCAAUUCAAGGUCUCCAUUACAUCGAGAGCCGUGGGUGUUCCGCCCUUGAAAACGCUCCGUCUAGCAACCUAAAGUUCCUUCGCAACAGUGCGGAGAAUUUCGCCAUUCGCUCCGUAUGGGGUGGCUGGAGCACUGACAUCGGCCACGAACCAUCUCUAGCCAAAGGAAUUCAUGUCAUAUUCAACGUCCUGUAUGGUGGGAGUCAUCUGGCCGCGUGGUCUUCGUUCUUCCCAUCGCCUGUGGAGUCCUGGCUUUGGCGUGGCUCGGCCUUGUUCCUGACUACCGUCCCUUUGUGGGGACUUUUGUGGAUCCUUUGGUGGAGAGGUGUACGCUCGCAACGUAAAUGGCUAUAUCUCAUCCGCGAAGGGGAGUUGGAUAUCGUUGCAGCUCCUUUCUUCUUUGCAAUUCUGGUUAUAUAUACACUAGCACGGUGUUACUUUUUGGUAGAGGCGUUGAUGAGCCUAAGGUUGCUGCCACGGAAUGCCUACUCCGGGGUUCAGUGGACAUCCUUCUUUCCCCAUGUCUCAUGACCAUCUCGCUGCUUUUUUUUUCGGCCGCUUGCCAUGACAUUGUCUCGAUAUGUCGGGGAGAUAGGGUGACUCCACCUUCCAGUAUAUAAAACAGUUCCAACUACGCAGUCUGUGGAGCAUGCUAAAUAUAA